ACGGCGCUAACCCGUUUGGGUCGGGCACCCAAGCUGGAGAUUGCUCCAGUCUUUCUCUGUACGACUGGCAAUGAGCGCAUUACGCAGCAGACUAAGGGAGAUCUCAGGGCCUAUAUACAGGUACCGCCGAGGAGGGCUGCAUCGGUUGCAUAGCCUGCAACAGCCGGGACCCCGGCGGGGAACCCACCAAGUCACGCAAAGAGAGGGGAUUUCUCAGGAAGCUAUUUGGUCACAACUCAAGUCAAUUUUUUAUUCAUCCCUGCUAACUACAGAACACGACCACCCUCAACUGGGACUAAUCCGGCUCAACAUGUACCUGCAUUCCCGCCCGCAAGCUAUGUACCUGGGAACCAGCUCAUCCGUGCCUUGCGUGAGACUACGGAGGUUGCAAAGCUGAAGGGAAGCUGGACGAACAGCACCGUCAUAACAUCUGGGAGCCAAUCCUCGGGGUAACAGAGCGGUCCCUGGAAAUUGAUAUCACAAUCCUACAGUGAGACCUGGAUGUCUCAAUGGGAAGCAUUGUGACUCACUCGGUCAGGUCAAGUCCAAUCCAGCGAGUUUCAAAUCGAGUGCGACAGGAGAGCCAUCCUAGAUGGACAUGGCAGUUAACAUUACCGAGUGUUCAGCAAUUGCACCAGAUCGCAAGACGACGAGAGUCGCAACGGUUCGCUGCCAAAGAUUCAUUGGCCAAAGUACCACUUUCACCGCAGGACAAUGAGCCUCCCUCCUUGCGGCUCACGCUCGAGUCUUGCAUCUCGGACAAACGUAUUUGGAUCGUGGACAAUCCAAACGACCCAAAUCCGCCGUGAUUAUAGAAAUAGAUCGUGGUGGUCGUCUUGCCGGUGCUGGAAGUGCUCAAAGUGCUCGAAGAGGCAGAAGAGGAGGGCGUGCAGGCUUAGCGUGUUCUGAAAGGCGGGAAGGCGAGGCGUAGAUUCCUGCGUGGACACGCCCUGGUCAAUUUAGACAGAUUGAACGGAAAAUGCAGAGAUACAGAAACCCAAAGUUCAAGGACAAGAGCAACUCAUCAUCUAUCUCCGUCACCAAAAUUGUAGACCCUCGCGACACGACCGGGCGUUCCAAGAAUCGGCGCGUCGAGCAGUCGAGCAGGCAAAAGUGGGGAAAAGACGGCCGGAUCUUUUUGGAGUCAGUCCCAUUCCGUCUUCUCUUCUCUCCUCUGCAACCCCCGCCAAUCUCGCCCUCCUCCUUGUACUAUGUAGUCAUCGGGCUCUUCUUCGAGCCCUGUGACGUCCUGCUUCAGAUUACAUUGCGAUUCCUACCACUGCCCUCCUCUCUUUCCACCCCCCCCGGAGCUCUCAAUCGCGCGUCCAGAGCUCCUUCGCAACCCAGUUCUGCUCGAAAGAAGAAUCCUCCCUCCGUCACUGACACCCUCGCCUACGCCCACGCCCUCGAAUCCUUUCCCUGUCUUCGAACAAAAACUCCAUUCGCUUCUAUAAUCGAGCCUGAUUCUUUCAGGGAACGACCGCGCCGCCAUGUCGCCUCGUCGCUCCUCACGGGCUCGCACCACCCAGCCCUCACCGGCCCUCCUCCAGCACACCAACUCCUCUAGCUCCAACAACUCUCUCACUCGCGAGAGAAGCACUCGAUCAAAUCAUAAAAACCCUUCUCCCAAUGGCUCGUCCGGUCAUCGCUCGCAGUCCAUCGAUGAGACUGAAAAUGGCUCGAGAGCCGAUCUCCCACACACGCGCCAGCGCCAGCGUACCCGCGGUGACAACGACCCUCCUCGCGAAGAUGACGAUGAGGAUCCCGAAGAGGACGAGGAGGAGGAAAUCACUCGCUGUCUCUGUGGGCAGCAGGACUAUCCCGGUUUGCCCCCCUCUCGUCGCGACGCCCUCGGUCGCGUCGGUGUGAAACCCGAGGAAGGCAUUCCGCCGGCGGAUUCAUCUGAUCUGCUGUCCGAUGAUCUUGGGAGCAUGUUCAUUCAGUGUGAUUCGUGUAAGGUGUGGCAGCAUGGUGGCUGUGUGGGAAUCAUGGACGAGGAAAUGAGCCCCGACGAAUAUUUCUGCGAGGAGUGUCGAAAGGAUUUACACAGAAUCCGGGGUGAAUCCAACGGCCAGCGUUCCUCUACCUACCUUCCCGUCGCACCCAUAUCAUCACCUGCGCCGUCUUCCCGGGCCUCAUCGCGGGAUACUUCCCGACGCUCCAGGGAUCCUAAAUCCCGAGGCAGUGAAGGCGCAUCGAAUCCAAAGCGGCGGUCGACUAUGAACAGCCGGGACGCUGCCUACGACGAGGAAGAAUUGAUCCGACGAGCGAUUGAAGAGAGCAAAGAAGAUACGAAGAGCAUUACCGAUGAAGCGGCCCCUCGCUUGAACAAGCGAAGCCGAAGUGAAAGUGAAUCAAACAGACAAGGCUCUAAGCGCCCACGAACUACCUCUCCCUCGCCCACGGCGGCCUCAAAGCAGAGCCCGCCACCCUCCCAACCUCCAUCCGAUGACGAGACUCAGCCGAAGGCGACCAAUGGCACUCGACGGCAAAGAGCAACUUCACGAGGCCAGCGCGACAAGGAACCUACCAAAGAGCCCGAGGAGCCUGAGCCUGAAGCCCCCGAGACAGUCCCUCGCCGGAAAGAGCGAUCUAUCCGACGUAAAGGAGAAGAAUCAGAGAACGACAUUGGGUCCCCAACCAAGGCUGCAGCACCUGCCCCUCCGCCUCCUGAACUUGAGCCAACCCAGGCAAGCCCAGACACUCCUACACCUCAAGAGCCUACGCCCGCGCGACCCUCGACGCGGAAAUCCGGACGUCCCCCUGCUCGACGCGGCGGCCGAGUGGGGCGCAACCAAUAUACCAAGGAUCGAGACACGAACGGGAACGGCACCGAGUCCCCACGCCGGGGUCAGUCACACGACAUUGGAAGUGACUCACCUCGAGUCGGCUACAUUAAUGGCACACAUCUGAAUGGCGGAGACACGGGGCGGCCCAGCAAGCCGCGGCACAUGCACCCGCAGCGCACGACGAUGAACGAGAUGAAGCGGCGUGUUGCUGCCAUCUUGGAAUUUAUCUCGCGGAUGCAGGUCGAGAUGGCGGUCGCCAGUGAGAACUCGUCGACGCCGACAGGCAACGGUGACCGGGCACAAGGCCUGCUCUUGAAGAGCAUGGUCGACCAGAUUGACAGUGCCAUGGCGUCCACCGUCAGUGAUGGCGGCGAGUCCAUGCCGGCGUUGACAGACGGCGAUGGCGAUGCACAAUCGUCGUCGGCUCACGACAAGGACUUUAAGGACCUGAGUAGUGUCGAGAUGAUGGACGUGCUCACGCGUCACCUGCUCAAGUGGCAGCAAGAGUAUGGCAAGUUCGGGGAGCGAUAGCGGUCCACGCGGCUGCUGUGUUACCUAUUACUUGUUAUCCCCGAGCAAUGCGUGUGCUCGUGGAUGCGCCGUGUCUCCUCAGGCUCAUCUCUGCUGUUGUCCGACUAUCUCGCCCGUGCCUCCAACCACCUAUACGAUACCCCUUCUCCUUGUUUUCACACGACCAUCUCAUUCUUCUUCCGUUCGCAACUCUCAUCCUCUGUCAUAUCUAUUCUCACCACUCAAGCUUGUCACACCUUCACCUCGCUCCCUCUGCGUUGUACAUUAUACACCACGUCUCCAUUGGGGUUUGCUUUGCCUUGCUGGCGUCUAUCUGCGAUUAUCUACGUCUUUUCAUAUCCCUCAUACCGGACCGGCGUCAUGAAUCGAAUCAUAUCAUAGGUUGAUAUCACUGGAGCACGACAGCGAAAACCUCUCAGUGGAUAUGUGUCGUGGGAUGAAUAUGGAGCUCCGUUCAAGCCAUUCAUGCUUGUGCCUUGUCACCUCUCUAAUCUUCCAUUUAUCCCACGACCAUCGGCUAUCCUCCAGCUUUUACUUUUUAUUCUCGCUUAUUUUUCACGUGUCCAUCUUUACCCAUGUUUCGAGGUUAAUCCGAUUUUCCGUCAUGCUGAUGCUUGCUUUGCUUGGACUUUUAUAUGGAAAUGGUCUGUUUCUUGUUUACAGUACCUCUCUUUUGCCGGUUUCGACGUGUAUUUUUUUGGUGCUCGGGUAUGGUGUUUUGGAAAAUUGUGGUUCCUUUGUUUCUAUAUCUGGAUUUUCAUCUUGUCCGCUAAGGUUGUAAGACGGUUCUUCUUUUUUUUGGCUUAGGUAGUGAGAUUGAAAUGUCACUGCUCUUCUGCAAAUCCGUAUCGCUUUCUCUAUAUAUCGAUCUAGCUUAGCCUACCUCUCCGCGGCUGGGAAGUAUGGAAGUUAAAUUACACCUACAAAACCACCCCCGG